GAAGGAAGAAACAGAAGCUUGCCAAAGAGAGAGCAGGGCUUUCCAAGUUGCCUGAUCUGAAAGAUGCUGAAGCAGUUCAGAAGUUUUUCCUAGAGGAGAUUCAGCUUGGCGAGGAACUACUAGCUCAAGGUGAAUAUGAGAAAGGUGUUGAUCACUUGACCAAUGCCAUUGCUGUGUGCGGACAGCCGCAGCAGCUACUACAAGUUCUACAGCAGACUCUUCCACCACCAGUGUUUCAAAUGCUUCUAACUAAGCUCCCUACAAUCAGCCAGAGAAUUGUAAGUGCACAGUGCUUGGCUGAAGAUGAUGUUGAAUGAGGUCACACCACAACAGGGGGAAAAAAUGUUUUCUUACCCCAGAAGAUGAGCAUCAUUAGGGGGAUAAAGGGGCAAACAUAGUAGUUAAUGGACUGUGUACCACAUCGGGUUCUACCAGAGUUAAAAUUAACUUUGUGUAGGUGGGUUUCCAGGAUUUUAUUUAUUAUCCCAGUGAAAAGUGUAUUUUGAUAAGAAUUCAUUUUAUAAAUACACUGUGUUGAGUUAUCAAAGUAUCACUAACUUCAUUAUUAUUCAAAUAUGCAGUUGUAAUGUUGUACAUAUAAAGAUAUAAAACUACAACCUAUUAAAAACCCAAUGCUCAUUUUUGAAAAAAACAAAGUUAUGGCAAUAAAGAUUUAUCUGCACUUGUGUGUCCCUAUAGUACUACUUUAAAUUUCAGAACAUUUUGGUGUCAGAGCAAAUGAUCAAAAAAAUUACAACAUUAAAAUUUAUUUUUAAUGUUA